AGGUCACUGAGAGGAAUUGCAGUUGACGGACGUCUGUGCGGUUGAUCGGCCAGCUCAAAGCGGAAAGAAUAGAGGCGCAAGCGCAGUAUGCGCCAUGCAGCACAGCAUGAUGUUUGCGAGCGGAGGCUACGAUCAUGUGGUACAUCUUUGGGACGCCAGCAGGGACGUCUCGAGGCCGUCGCCAACUCCACUAGCCAUCAAACACACCUCUACCGUGCAAUCCCUCCUAGCAAUCCGCGACACGAGCCAUAAGCUCGUAUCAAGCGGGGCCGACUGCAACGUGCAUAUCUAUGAUCUAUCGUCGGAGCGUGUUGUGAAUACGCUCAAAACCUCAAACUCUGUGUAUCACGCGCAUGAGGCUCUCUCGCCUUUCUGCACGUUGUUGGAGGUGGCACAUAGAGAAUUACAGUUUGAGAUCCGCGACCAUCGACUAGUUCCCCAGGAGGCCGUCCAAAGAUUUGGUUACCCUUCGCGGCAGGUGCAUGGCCGAUAUAUCAAAGGUGACGUGCGUUGUGGCAAGUUUGCCUGUGGUGAUAAAGAUGGAAUGGUGCGGUUAUGGGACCUACGGAACACUCAACAGACCAUCGAGAUGAUCCCUUGUUUUACCGACCAACGAAUCACUCAGGUCGUGUUCGAUGACGCGCGUCUUGUUGCAUGCUCCGAAGACCACGAACUUGCAUACUGCCACCAUCGGUCCGGUGCAUAGACGAUGACAACGAGGAUAAGCCCUGAUCUCAUUCAGUUCGCUGACACUUUUACGUGUACAA